CCUCAAGUGUUCUUACACAAGUUUUGAUCAGGUGACGUCGGAAUUGGCAAGCUGCAGGUUUUGGCCUAGCAGAGCAGCUGUUUGUUUCACUCCAUGCUUGCGAUGGCUGAUGAUACCAAGUUCCUCCUUUCAGUUUUACUCUUGAGCUGCUCAUCGUUGUGUUUUGGUUCUGAAGCUGAUAUCCAGUGCCUGAAGUCUGUACAACAAUCAGUGAUUGAUCCCAACGGCGUACUCAAAUCCUCGUGGUACUUUGAAAAUCCCUAUCCCAAUUAUGCUUAUAUAUGCCGCUUUACUGGUGUGGAAUGCUGGUACCCUGGCGAGAACAGGGUUCUCAGUUUACGUCUUGGCAACCUAGGACUUGAAGGCCCAUUUCCUCAAGGUCUACAGAAUUGUUCAAGCGUGACCGGCCUGGACCUGUCAAACAACAAUUUUUCAGGACCAAUCCCUCAGGACAUUUCACGGCAGGUGCCGUACCUGACAUCUCUGGACCUUUCGUACAAUAGUUUUUUAGGUUCGAUCCCACAGAAUAUCUCAAACAUGACAUAUCUGAAUGUCCUGUUCCUCCAGCAUAACCAACUCAGCGGUCAAAUUCCACCGCAAUUCGAUUUGCUUGCUCGGUUAACCGCAUUCAAUGUUGCGGAGAACUUGUUAUCAGGGCCUAUUCCUUCUUUGCUAGCAGUAAGGUUUUCGGCUUCGAGCUUUGCUGGUAACCAAGGGCUUUGUGGUGCACCGUUGGAUGAUUGUCCCCCCUCGAGGAGGAGAUGGAGACCGGUACGAAUCAGUCUGCACAGGCUCAACGACCAAUCGAGCAUCGGAGCGGCCGUUGGAUUCGUCGUGGGGUUCAUGGUGGCCUUCUACUUCCCGCACUGCUUCGUCUGCUCCGAGAGGCUCCGAGCCUACGUCGUCCGAAUAUGAUUCACUUGUUGUUCUGAACUAUGUCUGAAAAAUAGCUUCGGGAGGCCAAAUGAGCACUUCCGGCAGUAAAUCUUUUUUAGUUUGUUCCCCGCAGUAACGAUUAUCUUAAAUUCACAUGAUAUGUAUGCCUGGCAACGAGCAAUUGCUGGCAUUUA